GCCUGAGUACUUCAGAAGUGACCAGCCGCUUGUUUCCUUAAUGAAUGGCCAAUUAGGAAUAUUUGAUCACAAUACACGAGUAGCGAAAUCCUAGAAAAUAUCAUCAACCUGACGAAGGCGUUAAUAACGCUGCCGAGAAGGUGAUGACACAUACUUUAUAAUUCACGGACUGCGUUGCCUGUUCCCAGCUGUCAUGGACAAGAACAACAACAACGUGACUGGAGAGUGGAGCGGACGGAAUGCUUCACAUUGACAGUAAAGGAAGGAUACUCAAACAAAUUUGGGUACCGUCUUGUGAAUUUCACCAACCUAACAAUCCAACAGCAAAAUGGCUGCCAGCAAUAAAGUUGUGCGUAUAGAAGAUGUCGAAUCUCGCCAUAUGCCUGAAAGGGUCAGGUUCAAGGAGGAAACUUUUGUCUUCUCUGAAGAUGGAGGUAGAGCCAGUAAAUUACAUUGUAACCUGAGCAGCAGUUCUAUAGUAGCCUUGCCAAGCAUCAGACCUCGCAGUGAAUCUUUUGCAGAUCCAGUUCAUGAGGAAGAAGAAGUGGCUUCUAAACAGGAACAACUAACAGAAGAUGUCUCACAUGAUGGAGAUGUUCAGUUGGAGGAGCAUGACACCCUUGGCCCUCUUCCUGCCAACUGGCCUCGGGUGCCAGCCUUGCAGCGUAGGAGGAGCUGUGAGUUGUCUAACAUCAUGUACCCAUGUGUGAACAAGGCCGUUUCUCACCUGGAACUGGUACAGAGCAUCAUAGAGGAGUGGUUCAGGAGAGGAGAGGAGGACAGUGCCAGUAGACAGUCCUCACGCAUGUCCUCCAGGCAAACUUCCUGCUCCGGAGGGAGCCCUAGCCGUCAAACAUUGAAGUUUGGAACGGAUGAGUCCACUGUUGAGGAAUUUGCCGCGAGUAGAAGAAAAUCUCAAACAUUAAGCGCAAGUUCACGAUCAUCAGGUGACUCUGAUAGCAAAACCGAUCUGUCAAUUCUAGGCAUUGGCGGAAAGGUGGAAAAAGCAGAUGAAUCAGUGGAAGAGAAAAGUGCAGGAGAUGUCAUACAUGAGGCAGAGGCUGAUGUCCCUUAUCUAGGGGCAGAAGACGUAAUAGAAGAGGUCAUGACCCUUCUGGCGCGGCUCGAUAACGAUCGUCAGCUCACCGAGGAGAAACUGAAAAACGAGAAGAGCAAAGUACAAAACCUGGAGGACAGGAUGGAGGCUCUAGGCAUGAAGAGGCUAGUGGAUUUACCUGAACUUGUGCAGCAGGAGCACGAGGCCUGCAUCCUGGAUGUGAAUGAGCUACAGUGGCAUGUGGCCUACAGUUCCCGCAGUGAAGACAGGAUUAGGAACAAAACCAACAUUGCUGAGGUGCUGAAUAAGAGGCUAAAGGAGGACAUUGCUUUCGUUGACAAGCACAUUCCUCUUGUGCAGGAAAAGCUGGAACUGGAAUUAUCGGCUAUGGAAAAAAUAAGAUUAGCGCAGCUUGAGACAAAUAAAGAACUGGAACUGACACUGACACGACAAGCCAAAACAGAAUCCAAAUCAAGGGAGGCAAACCAGAAGGCUGAGUCAGAGAGGGCCUUGAUCAGAAAAGAGCUAGGCGCUGUUAGAAACGAGUUAAGCGCCAUCAGCAAUGAACUGGCUGACGCUGAGAGAGCUUUUAACACAUACACCCACCAGGCUAAUGAUAUUACUCAACACCUGAAGCAAAACCAACAAGAGAAGUCAGUGCUUGAAGUCAGAAAUGAAAAUGCCAAAUAUGCAGAGGAGAUGCAAGCUGCCAAGGUGAGGGAAUUGGACACGUUGAUCACAGAGGCGGAGUUUGAACACCGACGUCUGACAAAUGAGAACCAGCAGCUCCAGCAAGACCUAGACUUACGGAAAGCUGACAAUGCCCGUCAGAUUAGCGAAAUGCACAUCAAGAAGAAGAAGAAAGAAAAGAACUUGAGAAGAAUGACAAUCAAGAACAAGGAGGUAGAUAUGGAAAUCCAGGAUGCUGAAGAUAAAAUAGCAAAGUGUGAAAAACAAAGGAAGUCUGAUGAGAGGAACAUUGCGCGACUGAAGAAGGAUAUGGUCAGGACUGAGCAGCAGAUGGAGGUCAUUAUUGAGGACCACCAGAGAGUUUUCACCAUAAACACAGCCUUAAGGGAGCAGCUUGCCGGGGAGGAAGAGAAGGCUGUAAAACUGGAGGAAAGUCUCAAGCAAACCAUGGACACACUGAGGCGUCAGGUGAAGGAUGAGGUACAUACAAGAACUGUUCUCCAGGCUCGCAUUUCCUCGGAUACGUCAGAUGUGAGCAAGUCCUCAGCAGAAACCCUUGAGAAGAAAGAGAAGGUAUCUGUGGUAGCCAAUGAUGUGACAGUAGCUGUAUCACAGGUGGAAGACAAAGUCACACGACUUCGAUCAGCCCAGGAGUCAAAGUUAAAGAAAAUAGAAGAAUUAAAACGACAAAUUGAAGAAACCGUAGAGAAGGAGAAAAAUACUGAGAAAGAAAUAGAAGAGCAGCUAAAGAUAUGUGAACCACACCAUAGACAUCUGAAGGAGGAUAUGCUGGCUUCUGACAAGAAGCUGGAUCACAUGACCUGGAAAACAGAGCUGAUGACCAAAAACAUGGAGGAUAUGGAUGCCUCAAGUAGCAUGAUGGUCCGGGUUCUGGAUAAGACAGAGAAAUCAACACAGUUGCUCCAUGGUGAGUAUGAAGAACUGAAAAUUCAACUGCAGACUGGAGAGAAGAUGAGGGAUGCUCUGAAGGAAUCCAUGAAUGUUAUAGAGGAGAGGAUCUUCAACUUGGACAAUCAGCAGAAAAAGUUUAUUGCUGACCGUAAAAACUGCCUGGAGAACCUUGAGGACCAAAAGCAACAGUGCCUCACACAGAACAAGAAUUUGGCCUCCAAAUACCGCCAGCUACAGAACAAGUUUGUGCUGGCAAAGAAUGAGCUGCUGGAUGAGUAUGAAAACCGCAUCAAGCUGGAAAACACCAUCAAAGACCUCAAACAACUGCGAAGCCUUCAGUUACGCAUGCAUGCAGCAUUAGUGGAGUACUUCAAGUUCCGUGGGCUGUAUAAUGAGGCUGAAGUGGAGAAACUGGAGACGGAGUCGAGUGAAAAUGGGUUUAAGGUGAUGGAGCUUCAGACCAACAUGAACAAGGCCCUCAGCUCCAUUACACGUUUCUUGCAAACUGAGCUGGGUGGGAAGACUAACCAGGCUCUGCUGCCCACUGUGACACCGCCAAGUAAGGGCAUGACUCCCCCACAGGCUGCCAGAUCUUAAGUGGCAGAUUGAGGUUGAGGGCAUGCCAUGAUGUAUAGCACAAUAUAAGACAGGAACUUUCAUCUAUGGAAGGGGUUAACUUUCAGUUUACAAGUAGGUGCCAACUCAGUCAAAAGUCAUAUCUGUAGUUCUAAUUAAGUUUUUGUCGAAACAAAAAGAACAGAUGUUGUAUGUUAGCUACACCUGUAGAUUUAGACAGGUUUUGAGAACUAUAAUUUUUGUAUUCAUGUAAUCUUAUUCUUUUUGUUAAAUUCCAAAUAUGUGCAUUCCUGAUGCAUGCCUUUGAAAACAUAGCAUUAUUUAAUUUCAGGCAUUUCAAGUUUUUAUGUCUCGGGAAUGUUGAUUACUGAUUCAUAACAAAAAAAAAAAAGAGAGACAUUAUUUAUAUGUUGUCAAACCUUUGACAAAUUACUACUGGUAUUUUGACAACACUUUUCAAGCCAAACUUGUGCAUAUAUAUGAGGUCAAGUAUAAUGUACAUAUAUUUUUGGUUAUUUUCAAGAAGGAUUUGAAUAUGUGAAGAGGUCAUUAUGAAUACUUGUAUUUUCAGCUUUGAAUGUUGACACUGCUGUAUACACUGUAUUUUUUAAACAGUGUAAAUUGUAAUGAUAUGUUUCUUCAUUUCAGUCUGAUUUAAGUCAAAUUAAAAUUGAGAAUUUUUUUUAAAACUUUGCAUAUUUGUAUCCGUAGGAAACGUUAUUAAAUCUGUCCGUGUAUUUCAGUAUUUCAUGAAAAAUAAAACAGCUGUGAUCUUUGA